ACCAGCACCAAGGACAGGCCGACCAGACUGGGUUCUCCAGCCGCUGCGGCGGACGCUGCUUCUCGGUGCGGCAGUUCGUGAAAUCCUCGGUCGUCCGCCGAGGCGAUUCAGGCAGUCAGGACCCCUCAUUUCAGUAUCUAUAAGGUCCUGUAGGACAAUGUUCCGCUGAGAAAUAAAGGGAGCUGAUUUUAACUCCAGCAAUGUCCAGCCCUCAGAUGGACAACGGCUCUGCAAACUCUGCAGAAGCCAAGAAAUCAGACGUGAGAAUGAAUGAGAAGAAAUGCUCCUGGGCGUCCUACAUGACCAACUCUCCAACAGUCAUCGUGAUGAUCGGCCUGCCUGCCAGAGGGAAGACCUACAUGUCAAAGAAACUCACACGUUACCUCAAUUGGAUCGGAGUCCCAACCAAAGUGUUUAACUUGGGUGUGUACCGCAGAGAGGCCGUCAGAUCUUAUAAAUCCUAUGACUUCUUCCGCCACGACAACGAGGAGGCCAUGAAAAUAAGGAAGCAGUGUGCUCUUGUAGCUCUGCAGGACGUGAAGGCAUAUCUGACAGAAGAGGGAGGUCAGAUCGCGGUGUUUGAUGCCACAAACACUACAAGAGAGCGCCGUGACCUCAUUUUAGGAUUUGUGAAGGAGAAUGCAUUCAAGGUGUUCUUUGUGGAGUCGGUGUGUGACGACCCAGAGGUCAUUGCUGCCAAUAUUCUGGAAGUGAAAGUGUCCAGUCCUGACUACCCUGAGAGACACAGAGAGAGGGUGAUGGACGAUUUCCUUAAACGAAUCGAGUGCUACAAGGUCACUUAUCAGCCACUAGAUCCUGAUGAUUAUGACAAAGAUCUUUCUUUCAUCAAGGUGAUGAAUGUGGGCCGUCGUUUCCUGGUAAAUCGGGUGCAGGACUACAUCCAGAGUAAGAUUGUCUACUACCUCAUGAACAUCCAUGUGCACAAUCACUCCAUCUACCUGUGUCGGCAUGGAGAGAGCAGUCACAACGUCGAGGGCCGCAUCGGAGGAGACUCUGAGCUUUCACCUCGAGGGAAACAGUUUGCUCACGCUCUGAGAGAUUUCAUCGAGGAGCACAAACUGUCAGAUCUGAAGGUUUGGACGAGCCAGCUGAGAAGAACCAUCCAGACAGCAGAGGAGCUGGGAGUCCCUUAUGAACAGUGGAAGAUUCUCAACGAGAUUGAUGCGGGUGUUUGUGAGGAGAUGACCUAUGAGAUGAUCCAGAAGACAUUCCCAGAAGAGUUUGCAUUGAGAGAUCAGGAUAAAUACCACUAUCGCUAUCCAGGAGGAGAGUCUUAUCAGGAUCUUGUUCAGCGUUUGGAGCCUGCCAUCAUGGAGUUAGAGAGACAGGGCAACGUGCUGGUCAUCUGUCACCAGGCUGUGAUGCGCUGUCUGCUAGCUUACUUUCUGGACAAGAGUGCAGAGGAUCUACCAUACAUGAAAUGUCCGCUCCACACAGUCCUGAAGCUGACACCUGUUGCAUAUGGUUGUAAAGUGGAAAUGUUUUAUCUGAAUGUGGAGGCAGUGAACACUCAUCGAGACCGGCCUCUUGGUAAAAUCCCGAGGGACUCUGCUCUCAUACACCGGCGGAAUAGUUACACCCCUUUGUCCAGUCACGACCAGGUCAAGCGUCCCAGGCUCUACAGCGCGGGGAACCAGCCCUGGCUCCCGCUCGCUCCCACCCCGUCAGCUCUGAUGCCAGAAGAACGGCAAAGCCAACCUCGGAUAGGAAGCGGUUGUCUGAGUCCCUGUGCGAAGGAAUCGACUUUGACAGCCCCGAAGAAACUAGUGGCUGUGUCCGCUUCUGAGUGAAGAAAGACUUUUUACUUCACGAGACAAUGUGGGCAACAGUUUCAGACGUGAAUCAGAGAAUAGAGAAAUGGAAAUCCUCAGGAUGAAGUCAGAAAACAAUACCUACAGAAAAAGAGCUCAUCUACUGGUCGUAUCUAUCAUAACGCCUCUGUCUAACUGUACUCUGCAUGCUUCGGCUUUGAACUGGAGUCUAUCAAUAAUAUCAGAAAUGCUCCUGCAUGUGCACCAUAGUCAACCAAUCAAUGAAAAGAUCAUACUGUGUUUCAAACAGGCAACUAAACCGACUCUCCACUAGUAAAAAUGCCUUACAGAACUCGUGCAGUAAUAGAUUAGCUCCACUGUAUGCCUCUGAAUGUACCAAAUUAUGCAUAAUAAUGAUGAAAACCAACUAUCAUUACUGCAGUAGAACAUACUAGUGGGUAGAAGUGGUAAAGAUAUUUUUAUAAUACACUCAUCAACAAAAUGUGUAAUUGUGAUUGUUAUCAAUAAGACAUCGUCUGUUACUUGUUAAGGUUUUGAUUUUGUUUCGUUUGAGAGGAAGUUAAGUGGAAAUUUAAGAAAAUACUUGAGUUUAUUUUUGAUGUGUUUUCUGGUUUAUGUCUUAUCAAGAAGACUUUUUACACAGUCAGUUCCACUCUGCUGAAAGAUGCUGUGUACUUGUAGAAGAUAGGGAUCUAACGAUGCCUCAAAAUGAAAAUAAAAACUAAUAAGAAUAUGGAAAAUUUAAAUCAAUUUGACAAAUGAAGCUUAGUGUUAGUUCAUGCAGGGCAUGGUAGUCAUACACCCAGCAGUGAUCAGCUGACAGCCAGCUGAUCCCAGACGUCAUCCCCCCAGCUCCCACAGCCAAUCACAGCUCUUUUUCUCAAUACAGAAAUUUAGUUAAAUAUGACGUACUUAUCACUAAUCCCUGCCUUUAUUAAUGCUAAUGUAGUAGACUGCUGCUAUUGGCAAGCUUAAUCUCCUCCACCCCAGCCUCCUCCUUUAAAGCAUAAAACUUGUUGAAUCCUCAUAUUUGGACUUGUGCUACGAUGGAUUAUUUGCCUUGGAGCUACUUUUAUUAAAUAUGCAUGGUCAUAAAUGCAUCUAUCGGUAUGGGGUUUCUAGCCAUGCGCUCCCAGGAAAUUCAAAGCAUGCUGCUUGACUAACCCAAGAGGAAACUUUUGAGCAGAGCCAUCUCCGACCAGGUAGAACUAUAUAUCCAUUUUGCAAUAAAACAGUUUAAUGUAUGACGAGAGUGUUCCUGAAUGAAAUGCAUAAUUUGUAUGCUGCUUUUUUUUUUUAAACCAGCACUGUCAGCUGUCUGCUUAUGCCUCUCGUUAGAGAUCAGAAGCUGACGCAGUAGCACUUAUAAAUCACUUUUUAUAAAAAAAUAUGAUAAGCAUUGUUUUAUUUGCAACUAUACAGACCUUAAAAUUAAGACAUAUUGUUCAUAUUUAUAAAGGAAUAAAGACAAUUGGAUAUUAUCUUUGAGGAAGAAUUAGAACAUAAAAAUACUAUUGUGGAUCUGGUUUCAUGAUGUAGAUUUUGCCUUGAGUUUAACGUUACAUCCCUGGUACUUAAUAAAGACACUUACUAUUCUGUCAUAUUGUGGUUUUAAUGUGUAAAACUGGUGUAAUCCGUCACAGACAACACUAAAUCUGCAGUGUUCAGUCAUUGUUUUUCUUGCCUGUGAAUCAUUAGAAGGUGAAAUUGUGUUACAGAAACAUGUCAGUGUUCCGUAGCCUUUUCUUGACCUUUGUGUUCAUGCUCUUAUACAGGCCAAACAUUUGUUUAACUACUUUAUUUCACACGUAUUUCCUCCUUUGUCGUUCCUUGCACCAGUGAUUUUUGGGAAAACUCAGAUAUGCUUGUACUUUAUUCGAUAACAGACUGUUUAUGACUACCUGUAAAGUUUGACUGUUGAUGGGUUGUUGCCCUGCUUAAAGCAGUCUCCUUGUGCCUUUUCAGCAGACAAUGAAAGUGUAUUUUAAGGGACUCUUUUUCAGAAAUGUAAGAGAAACUUUAGUCUCUACAGCAUGUGGAAUGGAGUAAAUUUAUUUUGUAAUUUGUGACCAUCAUGUACUCUUUCCUUGUUUAAUGCACCAAUAAAACUAUUAAAAAC